AUGCCUGAGCCGGCGAAGUCUGCUUCUGCUCCGAAGAAGGGCUCCAAAAAGGCGGUGGCCAAGGCCCAGAAAAAGGACGGCAAGAAGCGCAAGCGCAGUCGCAAGGAGAGCUACUCCGUGUAUGUGUACAAGGUGUUGAAGCAGGUUCACCCGGAUACCGGUAUUUCUUCCAAAGCUAUGGGUAUCAUGAAUUCAUUUGUCAACGACAUCUUCGAACGCAUCGCUGGCGAGGCGUCGCGUCUGGCGCAUUACAACAAACGCUCGACCAUCACGUCCAGGGAGAUCCAGACGGCCGUGCGCCUGUUAUUGCCCGGGGAGUUGGCCAAGCAUGCCGUGUCCGAGGGCACCAAGGCUGUUACCAAGUACACCAGCUCCAAAUAA